CCUGAUGUAUGCGCUGCUUGGCCACCGCCUUCCAUCCUCCCAAGCUCCUCUAUCCCUCAGCUUUUCCGCGCUUCUUUCCAUCCUUUGCAUUUUCUGCCCUUCUUCAUCUUCUUGUUAUUCACCGCUCGCUCGACCAUGGGCCCGGAUCUUCGUUGCGGUCUGAUGCGCUGAUGUCAUUUUUUAAAGGUCUUCAAAUAUGAAUCAUGCGUCUGAUAGUCCAUCCGAGUCUGCUCGCUAGCGUCUUGAUUGCACUGCUGCCCUCGUUUUCCUCCGCAUCAGAGGUUUCCGUGGAGAAUGAGGUUGUCAGUGAGCGAGGGUCUGCGACAACAGCACCGGAGCCUCCGAGAGAUGGGAACACUACAAGUAAACAGGACCAGCAAGUGGCCAUCACCUACCCCUCACGCUUGGUCUACUACGUGAACGAGGAGGUUGAGAGCACGUCCCAUGACUUGGACACUCAUGCACGCAACCAGGCAACUGAAGGCCAGGCCAUCCACUUGGCACAGGCAAGCUUCCAACUGGACGCCUUCGGUUCUACUUUUACUCUGGAUCUUGCACUAAACAAUGAACUACUUUCCUCAAAUUAUGUGGAGAUCCACUAUGAAAAAGACAAACCGGUUUUCUCAAAGGGUGGCGAGCACUGCUACUACCACGGAAAAGUGAGAGGCAAUGAGGCCUCUCUUGUGGCUCUGUCUACUUGCAACGGGCUCCACGGAAUGUUUGACGACGGAGUGUUUGUCUACCUCAUCGUACCCCUGAACCAGUCUCAACCUACGGGCACGGGGCCAAGGCCUCACACCUUGCACCGGACGUCGUCGGUCCGCUUGGGCCUCGAACGCACAGAUUCAGCUUCUGAGGACCAGGGGGAGGAUGAUGAGGAGGAAGAACAGAUCUUGUCCGACAUGCCUUGGCUCAGGCGGCGCAGGAAACGAGCCGUACCACAAAAGGUGUUUGAUGAGAUCAAGUACCUGGAGAUUAUGAUCGUCAGUGACCACAACACGUUCAAGAGACAUAAAAGCAAAAAGCAUACGAGAAACUUUGCCAAAUCAGUGGUGAACCUUGUAGACAAUAUAUUCAAGGAACAGCUUAACACACGUGUGGUGUUGGUCGCCGUCGAAAUCUGGACAGAUAGGGACAGGAUUCCUCUCAGUGUCAAACCUCUGGACAUGCUUAAAGAUUUCUCCAAGUACCGACAACAGAACAUCGGCGUCAACGCGGACGCUGUUCACCUCUUCACGAAUGUCACAUUUCAUUACGGUCGCAGCAGCAUGGCGUACAUCGGUGGAGUGUGUUCCGCCGGAAGAGGAGUAGGGGUUAACGAGUUUGGCAGCACUUGGACGAUGGCUGCCUCACUCUCCCAGAGCCUGGCACAGAAUCUGGGCAUCCAGUGGGACCCUGUUAGCAGGAGAAAAGAGUGCGGCUGCAUGGAUUCCUGGGUGGGAUGCAUAAUGGAAGAUACCGGAGUGCAGCAUCCACGCAGGUUCUCCAAAUGCAGUAUCACAGACUAUAAGAACUUUCUGCUCAAGGGAGGGGCAUCCUGUCUGUUCAACAGACCCAACAAGCUCUUUGAGGCUACAGAAUGUGGCAAUGGGUAUGUAGAAGUGGGAGAGGAGUGUGACUGUGGAACCAGGAUGCAGGAGUGCUAUAAAGACUGCUGUAAGAAGUGCUCCCUGUCUAAUGGUGCUCACUGCAGUGAUGGGCCAUGCUGCAACAGCACCUGUCUGUUCCUUCCGAGGGGCUAUGGAUGCCGUUAUUCUGUGAAUGAUUGCGAUAUUUCAGAGUCUUGCUCAGGAGAUUCAGGACAGUGUCCUCCCAAUUUACAUAAGCAGGACGGGUACCCAUGCCAACUCAACCUGGGUCGCUGUUAUGGGGGUGAAUGCAAGACCAGAGACAGCCAGUGCAAAUACAUCUGGGGUACAAAGGCAGGAGGCUCGGAGAAGCACUGCUACGAAAAGCUGAACACUGAGGGGACGGAGAAAGGAAACUGUGGGAAAGAUGGAGAGAAGUGGAUCCCCUGCAGUAAACAUGAUGUGUUCUGUGGGUACCUGCUGUGCACCAACAUCAGUAGAAACCCCAGGAUUGGGACGCUGAAAGGCGACAUCACCCCCACCACUUUCAACCAUCAGGGACGUCUGGUAGACUGCAGUGGUGGUCGUGUACUCUUGGAUGAUGACACUGAUCUGGGUUACGUAGAAGAUGGGACACCAUGUGGCCCCUCCAUGAUGUGCCUUGAGCGGAAGUGUGUGCCUAUCUCCUCCCUCAACCUAACAGCCUGUCCUUCUGGACCCAACGGACGUGUGUGCUCUUCACAUGGAGUGUGCAAUAAUGAAGCCACAUGCACCUGCGAUGCCACCUGGGCCGGGACAGACUGCAGCAUGCACGACCCACCGAAAGAACCCCCCACCGUUGAAGACGACGGUCCCAAGGGUCCUAGCGCCACCAACCUUAUCAUAGGCUCCAUCGCGGGGGCCAUCCUGAUGGCAGCCAUAGUGCUGGGGGGGACGGGAUGGGGAUUUAAAAACGUCAAAAAAAGACGGUACGACCCCAACGCCAGCGGCAUCUAAAGGACCGGAGAUUCCUGGUUUCCCUUGGGCUUCUGAAAGUGAGCUACCUGCUGGACUGUACCUUCUCCUGCUGCAAACAGCCAGUUAGCUUUACUUGAACACAAAAAAAAAAGAAACAAAUGAAGACAAAGAUGAGUAGAUAUAUUUUUCACCCAAAGCCUGUCCCAGUCCCUCUCUACUCUUCCAUCACCUUUGGACCAUUACCCAGUUUAGGAUGGGUAUAUGUUCUUGUUCCUGACGUCCUGGCUUGAUAUUGGCAUGACCAUCCCUGGCUGUGGCAAUUGCAUGGCAGUGGAAGGUCACUAACUCAAAACAAAGAUGGAAAAACAAACUGGAGAGCAAAUCCUCCUAGAGAAAAGCAACCUACAGAUGAGCGUACACUGAAUAGGUUGCACUGAUCAUGGAAUCAUUGCCAGGUGGGAGUCUCUUCUAGUGGUCUUAUGGUCUUAAGGUCACAUUUCAACAAGGGUAAAAAAAAACCAAACUCAUUCCAUUUUGAGACUAACAUGAGCUCUUGGUCUCGUGGUCUUAACAUUGUUUUACAUGGACACGGAUUUAAACUGCUUUUUCUUUCAAGUUUCAGCAUGUUGUAUUGUAGGCAUUUUAUGCCACAUUCAAAAAAAAAUAAUGAAAAAAAAAACCCCAGAGGAAUGGCAUCCAACAAUUUGGCCAGCAACUUCUUUUUCUGCUUAAUAAGUUCACCUUAAAUCGCCCCACACAUGCACAAUUAAUUAUAUAUGCCUGGUAAUGUCAGUAAUUGCUCCCCUUACCACAGUACUUAUUAUACUGAACCACCAUGUGUGGUCUGUCCUAUCGGUUUAAUUCGGAGAGCUGCAUGAAAAAAAAAAAAAAUCAGCACUGGGCGCGAAGCCAUGUGAAGCCUGCCACACUUCUUAAGGUAACUGCAUGUCAAAGGAAAAACAGUUAACUUUUACUUACUAUGCAAAAAGGAAAUGUCGCACAAACCCUAUGGAUCAGUACCAUAGAGAGAUGAUACUAACAAUGAAAUUGCUAUCAUUAGGCAGUCUUUUAUAUGCUUGGACACGUUGGUCUUUUAAAUUAAUUACUUCUAUUAAAAAUGAAUGUUUUAACAAAAAAUGAACCUCAGCUUCUAAAAACUGAAUAUUUGUUACCAUAAUCAUAUUUGUGGGACAGAUAAGUACAAAAAAAUAUGAGUAGUCAGUAACCGGGCUAUUGUGAGCUGGGAAUUGGGAGGGUUUUGUUUUGGGUUUUCAAGGGUUUUCUCCACUGACCUAGGGCACCCGAUGUCAAUUCUCAUCUCCUUGAUACUUUAAAUUCAUCUCAUUUUCCCAUGGAAACAUUUACAGAAGAAUAAAAUUAUUAAAAACGUUUAAAAAAA